AUGACUUCGGUCAUCUCCAAGUUCGUCGUCAAGACCCUGUGCGACCACCGGGGAAGUUUGGACUUCCAGCGUCUGGACGAGGAGAUCGCGCAGAAGUUCACCGUCGCGAAUUCGGUCCUGCAGGUCGUCCUCUUCGACGACGCCAAAGUGUCCAUCCGGGAGGGCCGACAGAGAGUCGCCGAGGGACAAAUACUCAGCCGGGACAGUCUGAUCGUGGCCAAAAGCAGCCUGCGGGUCUGCCAGAGGAGACCCGGGGAAUGUCCCCGCUGCGACGCCUUGCACAUCUGCAAGUUUUACGUUUGCGGAGAAUGCACGUUCGGACUCAAAUGUAAAAAUCCCCACAGCCUGGAUGAUGCGUACAACGCUGGGAUUCUGAGAAGACAUGAUCUUCAGGAUUUGACAGAGAAACAGCUGUUCCAGCUGUUACUGCAGAAUGAUCCUUACCUGCUUCCUGAGAUUUGCCCACAUUUCAACAAAGGAAAUGGUUUGCACGGUUCCUGCAAAUUCACCACUGCGUGCACCAAGCUUCACAUCUGCCAGCACCAUCUCCAGGGAGACUGCAAGUUUGGCUCCUCGUGUAAGAGAUCCCACGAGGUCAACGUGCAACAAACAAAGGCACUCCGAGUCAGUCAGGAGAUCAUCAAAAACCUUCCUGAGAUCUACAGAAAUAAAUUCAUCAUCCAGGGUCAACGGGAGACACCCGCUGUACCCGCGCUGCCAGAGGGGACCCCGCCGCCUCAGGAGCUUUGCCAGAAGAAACCCAGACCCCCUGCUGGCUCCGCCUCCCCGUCUCAACCCCCGAGCGACGCCGACACCAAUGAAAUCUGCCUCUUCUUCAUCCGCAGGCACUGCAGCUUCAAGGAGAAGUGCGUCCGCGUCCAUUGGCACCUUCCCUUUAGAUGGCAGGCGUUGGACAGCGAUGGUGUGACGUGGAAGGACCUGCCCGCUAUGGAGGACAUCGAGCGGGCCUACAGCGACCCGUGCAACGACACCAGCUGCACCAAGCCGCUGUCGCCCCCCUCCAGGAUUCUCAGUUUCUUGUCCCUGCAAAGUUCCGAAUCCCCCCCCACCACUGACUUUGUGACGAUGACGCACGGGGGGUCUCCAGUUCGUCGGUUGUCCACUGCGUCCUCUGUGUCCAAGCCCCCUCACUUCAUCCUAACAACGCAGUGGCUGUGGUACUGGAAGGACGACAUCGGGCAAUGGCUGGAGUUUGGACAAAAUGGCGCCGACGGGCAACCAGCCUCUGUCACUUGUGAAACUCUGGAGAACGUGUACCUGGCGGACAGAGACACGGAGGUCCCUUUUGGUAUGGGCAAACACCAGUAUGUCCUCCACUUCAAAGGCGCAGCGGGAACCGGGGAGAUGUAUCAGCAGAAUGUCAAAUUCAAAACCAAGCGCGAGGUCAGAAGGAGGCCUCGCUUUGUGUCCGCUCACGACGUGGAGGUGAAACUCAAAAGUGUCCCAUCGCAAGGCUCCAGCUCCUCCGCCGCUGACAGCUUCCCACCCCACUGGGACGCAACCGCUCUGCCAGACUUUGGAUACAAGCUCAUCUCGCUCUCUAAAUCUGCAAAGGAGUACGUUAUGAUUGAGAAGCUGUUUAAGCGCACCAUGCCCCGCAGAAACAUCAACAACAUCCAGAGGAUCCAGAACCCGUCUCUGUGGAAAGUCUUUCAGUGGCAGAAACAGCAGAUGAAGGAGAGGAACAAGGUCACGUCGGUGAAUGAGCAGUACUUGUUCCACGGGACGGACGCGUCCCUGAUUGACGCCAUCUGUGAGCAAAACUUUGAUUGGCGGAUGUGCGGCGUCCACGGCACGUCCUACGGCAAAGGGAGUUACUUUGCCAGGGACGCGUCCCGCUCUGACUGUUACGUCCAGGUCAAAAGCGGUCAACACCGGAUCAUGUUCGUUGCUCUGGUCCUGGUGGGGGAGCACGCCAAGGGGAGCAGCAGCUUCGUCCGGCCCCCACCGAAAGGAAACGGCAAGACCCUCUACGACAGUUGCGUUGACAGCCAGAGCGACCCCAGCAUCUACGUUGUGUUCGAAAAGCAACAGAUUUACCCAGAGUAUCUCAUCGACUACUCAUAAGUUACAGCUUGUUGCAAAAAGGGUGAAGGGAAACAAACCAAAAAAAAAAAAAGUAUUUGCACAGAGGUGGGAGAAAUAUUUAAGCACAUGUACAAAUUCUGUGUUCAAAAGUAGAAAAACAAUCAUUUAGAGGAUGUAAGAAUAUGGUUCUCUUGUGGAAGGCAGUUGGACGUAAAAAUAAGUCAAUGGGAUUCCUUUUGUUUGAUUAUUGUAGUUUUGCCAGAAAAACCGUAUUACAGAAUGUUUACCAAGAAAGGGAUGCUUAUGCUGUUUCAAUAUAAACCGGGUGAUACUUACAGAUCGUUUACAGAUCAUUAAAGAACUGCAUGUUCAUACCAAUAAAGUUCAAA